AUGGUUGAAGGCGCCGGUGGCCUGGUCAUGGCCCUCGUUAGCGAGGCGGGCAUGGUGGACAUGGCAGAAGAGGUCAUGGUCGGCGAACUACCGGCCGGGAGGCUCCCCGCCGAGAUCAUCACCGGCAUCCGCGGCGACAUCCGCGCCUACUCGUGGCGCGAGCAGCCGCGCCUGUGGCACUACCUGCGCUCCGACGACGACGCCGCCCACGCCGGCCGCGACGGCCCCGACGUCUCGCUCAAGGCCCAGCUCGCCGCCGCCGCCGCCGACCACGACGCCUGCCUCGAGCUGCUGCUCAAGGCCUUUGGCGCCGCCCUGUGCGCCAUGCUGCACAUGAAGCCCGACGAGCUCGACAGCAACAUGCCCGUCGCCAGCCUGGGCAUCGACUCGCUCGUCGCCGUCCGCGUCAGGGAGUGGUUCAUGCACCACGUCGCCGUCGAGGUCUCGGUCCUCAAGGUCAUGUCGGCCAACACGGCCCUCGUCGACCUGGCCAAGGACGUCUUGGCCGUGUGGAGGAAGCAGCUGGAAGCGUAA